UGCUCAGCACUAGCCUGACGGAUAAUACACACGUGCUUACCGAUCGUCGCGGCGCCUGCGCGGUAGCAGCCUGGAGUCGGUGCCCUUAGGACCGUCGCUGGUCGCCCCUUGACUCCCGCUGUCCGCGCGAGCCGGUUUGUGCUCAGCGUCCAGUGCACAUCCUUGCAAGCGACGGCGCCAUGAGUACGACUUCCAGCGUACGAGUUGAGUGGAUCGCAGCGGUUACCAUUGCUGCUGGGACAGCUGCAAUUGGUUAUCUAGCUUACAAAAGAUUUUAUGUUAAAGAUCAUCGCAACAAAUCUAUGGUAAACCCUCACAUCCAGAAAGACAACCCCAAGGUAGUACAUGCUUUUGACAUGGAGGAUCUGGGAGAUAAAGCUGUGUACUGCCGCUGUUGGAGGUCCAAAAAGUUCCCACUCUGUGAUGGAUCGCACAUAAAACACAAUGAAGAAACUGGCGACAACGUGGGACCUCUGAUCAUUAAGAAAAAAGACACUUAAAUGGACACUUUGGAUGCUGCAAACCAACUUGUCCUGAUGUUUCCUGAUUGUUUACUUAGAAUGAUUCACUUCCCCUGGGUUCUAGAUGUGGUACAUUGCAAACUGCAGCUUUCAUAUUCAAGGCAUUUGCCUUACUUGUUGAACCAUCGUGGUGCACAUUUUGUUUAAACAAAAAAAAGGAAAAAGUAAAAACCAAUCUCAUGGCCUUUGGGUUAUUUUGGUCUUAUAAGGAUCCGUUUCUUUACAUUCAAAAAUAAUAGCAUUAGAAUAUAGUUGUAUGGUGAAGUUAACAUAUUAAAUUUUUCUCAAAAUCAUGUGCAGAUUGUACUUAUAAGUUUCAAAGAAAAAUUAUCACCAUUUAAUAUUAUUUGGCUAAUCUAGAAAGUAAAUUGGAUGUUACUAAACUACAUUAAUCUCAUAACAAUCUAGGAAAAUCCAUUACGACCUUGGCUUGCUUCUUCAUAGUGAUAAUGACACUGAGAAAAUACAGCUUUUGUGUUUUCAAUCAAAAUGAACUUUGAAUGUUAAUUCUGCUUAAUUAUAAGUGGGCCAGGUCAAUAAUAAAGGGACAGUAGCUUCUUUGUAUUCAUCUUCGUGGAUAUCUAAUUGAUCCAUUAAAAAAAAAGGAGUGGAAAUUUAGACCAAAGCAAUAUUAAAGCCCUCAUGAAGGAUGUCUUAAAAUGUAAUAUUUCAGAGUUCCAAGGAGUAGCAAGCACUUGAACCAGGGACACUAAAGGAACUGGAGCAUAUUCAAGUCUCUGGAACCCAAAACCACACAUCCAUGACAGAAAUAGUAGUCAUGAGGCUAGAUCAAAGGCAUGGGAAUAUUUUUAUUUCCUCAUUCUUGAUAAUCAGACACAAAAAGAAGAAAAGUGUUUGUCUUUAUAGUGUUCAAAGAUUCAGACUAGAAACAUUGCAUUUCAUUGCUGACUCAGAAAAAAAGGAUAUGAAAAUUGAAAAUAAUUAGAAGCAAUAAAGAGUUAAGACGGGGUAGUUAAUAUAUUUUUUAAGAGAAAUUAGUUUUUUUUUUUUUUGGUUUUAUGGGUUAGAAGGGAAAUGAGUACCUUUGUGGCUCAGCAUGUUAAGAACCUACCAUUGUUGCUGAGGAUUAGGGUUCGAUCCCUGGUCUUGCUCAAUGGAUUAAGGAUCCUGCAUUGCUGCAAGCUGUGGCAUGGGUCACAGAUGCGACUUGGAUCAGGUGUUGCUGUGGCUAUGACAUAGGCCAGCAGCUGCAGCUCCAUCUCCUAGCCUAGGAACUUCCAUAUGCUGCAGGUGCAGCUGUAAAAGCUGAAAGAAAAAGCAAAAAUGACAAAAUACCUAUGUAGUAUAGACAAACAUAGUUGAAAUUGACAAAAGUGACGGGUUAACAUCUUUAUCCUCUUUUUGCAGACACCCAAAUUAUCAAUAAUAGUCAUUUACAAGUUUCUACUUGGUAGAAUACAGAAUUACCUUAAAAGUCAAAGGAAUCAGUGAAAUCAGGCAUCAGUGUUCCUAUAUAAAGUAUGAUCACUGAUACUCUGUAAAUGUAUGGCUUUGUUUAUUGUGGUAAAGUUGGCCCCAAAAUCGUGUGUACUGGCUUUUAAGCUGUCCAUGUGAUGAUCUAUUUGAACUUGUCUUUAAGACAUGUCUUCAGCACAAAGUCUAAAAUACUACAAAUUCUGAUUCUACCUUUAAGAUUCUUAGCGUGAAUUUUUUGCAUGCCUUUUCCCCCUUUUUGAAAUGACCAUGAUUGAGUCAGCAAUAGAGAGGAUCGUGCUUUUAAAACUUAAUUGUUUGGGGAUGGAAAUUUCUAAAAUUAGAUCAUGACGAUGAUUGUACAACUGUAAAUAUAAUAAAAUUCAUUGAAUUUUAAAAAAAGAAAAAUACAUCAUUGAACUCCCAAAGGACGUUCAUUGAAGGACAUCCUUUGAACAGAGUAAGCUGUCUUAUUUUGAAUUUGAAAGUAUUAGGAGUCAUGCAUUUUUAUAGCUAGUAAGGGGGGGGGAAUCUAGUAGCAAUUCUCACAACUGUUUUUCAGUGGUUUAGGUGGAUAUGUUUAGGAUGGAAGUAGAAAUGAUCACCUUAUUAUGAAAUGCAGAUCUGCUGUAGCAUUUUGAAAAUCCAAAAUAAUUAGAUAAAUGUAGUUUCAGGGUCAUAUUAAAAUUCUUUCUUUUAGGGUCUUUUAUUUUUUUGACCCAUGUGUGGAUUUCGGAGAAAAAUUUUACAUUCCCAGGGAAAACUAGAACUCUUCCUCACCCAGGUCCAACUUUUGCUACAUUUCUUUGUUCAGAAGGUAGUGCUUUAAGUUGUCUUCAUACAAGCAAGCCAACCAAAAUUUUCCUUUUGGGAUCUUCUCUACUCAGUAGAGUUUAGUUUGUCUUACUUUCUUUGUCAUGGAAUAAACAUCUAAAUGCAUUUAGAGUUACAGUGAUGUUUUUACACAGAAAUCAUUAUGAACAAUUACAGUUCUCACUUAAACACCCUAAAUCUUCUAAUUGCUUUGCUCAUUUGAUUAAGAGAUCAGGCAAGUGGGACUCCCCCACACCAUCCAUCUUUUCUUCUUUGUAUCAUUUAUGUUUCAGUGAUUUCUGCAGUCAGAUUUUGUGCCAGGUUGAGAAGUUUCUAAUGUUUUGAAGAAAUUGUAAUUGAGAGUGACAUUCACCUCUUCUUGCAGACAUUUAUUAAGCAUUUAUUAUAGACCAUGUAAUUGAGAGCGAAACAUUUUGGAGAAUUAAAACUCAUAAUUUGGAUUACAUCAUUUAUGACAUAGUUAUAAUAAUUAAGGUAAUUUAUGAUUUAGGGUUAUUUUCCUAGACAAAUUAUAACAGGUGCAGUCAUGUACAUCAAGCCUUUCUACAUAGUAGGUGGGCUUAUUUGAUUUUACAUUAGUUACGAAGGAUUUUAAGACAAACAUUGACUAAGCUUCCUAAUUAGCAACAUGUUUAAUGCUUAGGUAUCUGUAAGGGUGUUUUACAGUUGCAAGAAGCUGUGCUUUCCUUCCCUGAUUGAAACACUAAUUUCAGGCAAUGCCACUCACCUCUUAGCCCUUUAAUUGAAAUGAUUUGGCAAAAUGGCUUUUUAGGCAUUCAUUCUCAAAUUCUAGGCCAAGACUACAAUUUCACCAUCCAUAAUAAAGGGGGGGGGGAGACUAAUAGAAGGUUAUCAACUUGAAUUUAAUUUUUACUGUAUGGUUAUCCCAAAUUUUGUGGUGUCGAAAUAUGCUUUUAUGAAAUGUUGAUAGUAGUAUUAGUUGCUUUAAAUAUUCUCACUUGGCAAAAUAAAAAGUUGGCAGCCCUA